CUCAGGCCUUGGCUCAGUUUGACUUGGUGAGGUGAGGAGAGAGGACAGGGAGUGAGGGGCUGCCCGAGGCUGCUCAGUGAGGAUGGUUCCCCAGGCCUGGGGGGCCUGAGCUGCUAACUCACUCUCGUCCUCCUUUUCUCUCAGAGUUGACAGAGGAGAGUGUGCAGGAGAAAGCCCAGCGCUGACUGUGCAGGGAUUCCAAACACUCCUAGUUGACGUGUGCCAUGUCGAAAAAGAAGGAGAAGACCUCCCACUUGGAGGAGGAAGUUUGCAUGCUGUGCCGCCGAGCAGAUGUUCAUGAGGACAUCUGCGGGCCCUUACUGGGCGACAGCGGACUUCGUGUCCACAAGUUUUGCUUGUUUUUUGCCGACAGCCUUUAUCUGCUCACUCUCAAUCAGAGGGCAGUUCUGAAGUUCCCCCUCGAUGCCAUUAGACGCACAAUCGAGGAGGCAGAGCAGAAGCACUGCUUCGUUUGUGGAGAGAAGGGGGCCUCCAUCUGCUGCGCAGAGACAGACUGUGAACACAGCUUUCAUCUGCCCUGUGCUACGGAUGGAGAAUGUGUCACACACUUCUUCGGGAACCACAGAUCCUUCUGCUGUGAUCACCGGCCUCAGCAGAUAGUGGAGGCAGCUCCAGAGCCAGACACAUGCUGUGUCAUCUGCCUGGAGCCCGUGGGGGACCAAAACUCCUACCACACCAUGGUGUGCAGGGUGUGCUUACAGGCCUGGUUCCACCGGAGCUGCAUUCAGGGAUAUGCCAUAAGCGCUGGCAUUCUGCGCUUCCGAUGUCCCGUUUGCAGAGACAGGGUGCGAUUCCGGACGGAAAUGCACAUCCUCGGGAUCCAAAUCCCAGCCAGAAGACCAACAUGGGAGGACCAGGAGAGCUAUGAAGUGCUGCACGCGCCUCACAGCUGCUGCGAUGUGGAUGAAUGUCAACACACAGAGGGCAGGAAACAAGCAGAGGAAGAGGGGCCCUGGGAGCUGCUCCUUUGCACCUCCUGUGCUGUGCAAGGCACCCACAGAAAGUGUGCCUCCUUGAGCGACAGCACAAUCAGCUGGGAGUGCGACUCCUGCGCUGGCGUGGAUUCUGGUAAGAGGCAGAGCCCUGUGCCGCUGGGCUGGGUCGAGGCAAGGCCUGGCGGUGCGUGCUCAGUGCAGCUUUGCCAGAGUUUCUCUGCCCCAGGAGGGAUGGGAACCUCUCCCACCAUGGGGACAUCCUGUUCACCUUCCUGCCUCUCCUUACAGCCUCCAGUGCCGAGUCACAGCCUGCUGGUCCCAGCACUGCCAGCCAGGAGGAGGAGGGGCCAUCAGAUAGCUCCCCAGCUCCUGACAACCAGGAAUCUGAGUCCACCAGCCAGGCAGCAUUGGAGUCAUCUCAGAGUCCGCAGAUGCCUAAGCGCAGCAGCCUGUCCAGCCAGCCCAGGACAGGACAAAAGAAAAAGCGCGUGAGCAUAUCCAGCCAGCACCA